AUGUCCGCUGCAAAGGUCAAGGCCCAAACCCUGAUUAGUGAGAAUGGCGUUGUCGUCUUCUCCAAAUCCUACUGCCCCUACUGCAAAGCUAGCAAGGAUCUCCUUAAACAACUAGGCGCGAAGUUCGAAGCCCUCGAGUUGGAUCAAAUGGACGACGGCAGCGCCAUCCAAGACGCUCUCCUCGAACUCACCAACCAGCGCACGGUGCCGAACAUCUUCAUCGGGCAGAAGCAUAUCGGUGGGAACUCGGAUCUCCAGGGUCGCAGGGCUGAGUUGCCUGCUUUGUUGAAGAAUGCUGGUGCUCUCUAA